AUGAGCGCCAACAGCAGCACAGCCGGCCGGCUCCUCUGGCAGGGGCCAGCAUGCAUUAGUUGGAAGUGGGAUAUGGAAGGGGCUUUCUACCACCUGGCCAACUGCAUCUUGCUCCUGGGCUUCAUGGGGGGCAGUGGGGUAUAUGGAUGUUUCUACCUGUUUGGCUUCCUGGGCACAGGCUACCUGUGCUGUGUGCUGUGGGGCUGGUUCAAUGCCUGUGGCCUGGACAUUGUCAUUUGGAGCGUCCUCCUGGCGGUGGCCUGCCUGUUGCAGCUGGCACACCUCGUCUACCGCCUUCGUGAGGACACCCUCACUGAAGAGUUCAACCUCCUGUACAAGACGCUGUGCCUGCCACUCCAGGUGCCCCUGCAGACAUACAAGGACAUUGUUCACUGCUGCGAGGAGCAGGUCCUGACUUUGGCCACUGAGCAGACCUAUGCCGUGGAGGGUGAGACACCCAUCAACCGCCUGUCCCUGCUACUCUCUGGCCGGGUUCGUGUGAGCCAGGAUGGGCAGUUUCUGCACUACAUCUUUCCAUACCAGUUCAUGGACUCUCCCGAGUGGGAAUCGCUGCACCCCUCUGAAGAGGGGGUGUUCCAGGUUACCCUGACUGCUGAGACCUCAUGUAGUUACAUUUCCUGGCCCCGGAAAAGUCUCCACCUUCUUCUGACCAAAGAGCGAUACAUCUCCUGCCUCUUCUCGGCUCUGCUGGGCUACGACAUCUCAGAGAAGCUCUAUACCCUCAAUGACAAGCUCUUCGCUAAGUUUGGGCUGCGCUUUGACAUCCGCCUCCCCAGCCUAUACCGCAUCCUGGGUCCCACUGCCUCAGAUGUAGGACCUGAGUCAGAGAAGGAUGACGAGGAAACCCAUGAACCAGCCACAGGCCCUCCUCGGGCCAGCUCCACAUCUGACCAGCAAACGCCACCCCGUUCUCCCCCUCCAGCAGCCACCAACCUUCCUGCACCUCCCUCCCGGGCCAGGAUGUCCAGGCCCGACAGCGGCUUCCUGGGUGAGGACUCCACCAGUCUGGCGCUGGAGGAUUUUGAGGAGGUGUCGGGAUCAGAAUCGUUUAUGGAUUAUAGGAGUGAUGGGGAGUACAUGAGGUGA